UGUGGCAGUGUAUGCGCUAAUUUGGUCGUCGGUCGCAUGUAACUGGACGAGAUAAAUAAUGUAUAGAAAAAUAUCAAUAUGUAUAUAUAUGUAUUCUUAUGUCCAUAAAAGAUAUACAGAUGUAUCUCAAUCUCACAACAUUUGCUAAUUAAGUCCUCAUAAAAUUACACAUUGUAAAACUGAAUCUUGCCAGAAGUUGCUAAAGUUAGGAAGUUUUUUAUUUAUUAAGUUUUGUGUUAGGAAAAGCAGAGCCAAAGGUUGGGCAAUAGCAGAUAUUAUAUCACUAGUUACAAUGGGUUUUUCAACAGACGAAUUAUUAAAAGAAGUUUUACAGUACCCAGCUGUACAAGAUAUGAAGGUUACCGUAAAUUCAAGUGGAAAAUAUGCAAUGAUAGUCGGUGGAUCGACAUUUCUUGGUGGUAUAAUUGCUGGACCUCCCGGACUUGCACUGGGUGGUAUACUUAGUAGUAUUAUAUCAGCAGUUGUUGGAUAUCAUGAAUUUAAAUCUGUUCCAUAUAUCAUUUUGUACGAAGCUACUCCAGAACAAAGAGAAAAACUAGCAAUAUUAAUAAUGAAGUACCUUACUUCAAGAAACAUUUGGACUCUUGGAGAUCUCUUGUAUUUUAAUAAGGAAGAAUUGGCAGUAGGGAUAAUACCUAUAAUAACAAAAUUUUUAUCUAACUACAUGCAUUAUUCAGUAGCAAACUGAUUGUGGAUUAGAAAGAGAGAUCGCCCUGUUUAGAAUUUAUUGACCAAUAUAAAAUCUAUAAUUACUUUUGACAAGAA